GCGAAGUCAGACAACCUCCGGGAUGAACUUCAAAUACUAACUGUAACAAGGGAUACUCCACUGCCUUUUUGCGAAACGAAGACAUACCAUGCAACCAUGAACCACUAGAAAGCCAGCCUCUUGUGAACUCUGAUAGUCAAAGUCAUUGAAAAUAGCGCAAGGGCGUAAUAUGGGCGAGCUUGUGGCUCGGCCCCCCAUUCAUACGGCGUCGUAUGAUCGCCUGCAGCCAGACCGUCUAUCCACAAUUCUGCUUUUCCACGAAGACGAUCCCGUCAACUAUCGCUAUAAAGUUGUAGUCGUGGACCGAAUGCUGCUUCCCUCCACCCCCCUUCAAUACGGGACUGCCGCAUUUCUCAUUCCAGCUGGACGGGAAGCUGAAUACAUCUUUGCUUCGGAGAUUGGAUUAAAAUCAAUAGCGGAAUCUGCCAGCACGGCCCGACUGAUCGCAAUCAGUUUUGGAAGACAUCAUAGGUUCGGCUCGCAGAUAAUCGUUCAGGAAGAACUGUCGUUCGUCGUACAGGUUCUCUCUCGCCAAGGCACCUUUCUACCGAAACCACACCAGGAGCUGCUUGCCGAGGUUGAAAUCCCAUUCAUGGCUGUAGAUGGGAUUGGAAAUCGCCAUAUUGUUGCAGAAGGAGAGAGUCAAAUUUCAGGCAAGUAUCUUGUUGAGCAAGUCGAUGUUGAUGGAAUGCAGGUCCGUCGACUAUAUUUUGCGAACAAUCCUUUUGUAAUUCAGUCAGAAGCUGUGCUGCGCGAUCAGGGUCGGGUUGAUAAGAGCUGUUCUGCGUUUGACUAUCACAAAACUAUGGCUGCCGGUAUUCUGGCACUGGUUGAUUCGGAUGUUUUGACGCACGGUCUUCUGGUUGGUCUGGGGGGUGGUUGUUUCGUCAACUUGAUUGGGCAUCUCCUGAAUGAUCUUGAAUUGUCGGUAGUCGAACUUGACCCUGCUAUACUGAAAAUUGCCGAAGAGCACUUUGAUCUAGAUCUGGAGAGCAACCGCUUGGACAUCCGGGUGGGCGACGGCCUAGAGAUCAUGCCACUUACCCAUGACGCCGUUUCGGGUUGUCCGACAACCUUCGCAAAAGAAAGUAUGGCAUUUGUUGCCAUUGAUGUUGAUUCGAAGGACCAAUCAGCUGGUAUGUCAUGUCCGCCAGAAUCUUUCGUAGAAAUUGAGUAUUUGUCGAGGUUGGCUGAGCUUAUCCACCCACAUGGAGUUCUAGUCAUGAAUAUAUCUGCUCGAGAUCCUGAAAAGCUAGAUCAUGUUUGUCGAAGAGUGCAACAAGUUUUUCGAAACGUUGCGCUGGCAGCACCUCACGACGGAGAGGGCAAUGGGAAAAAGAAAGAUAUAAAUAUGGUUCUAUUUGGGAAGCACGCCGUCAUGGAAGUGUCAACAUCAAAGCUUUGUCCACUGGUGGAACCUCAUACUACCUAUGAAUCAGGGCCUGACCUAAAGAGGGCAUUGGCAAAUCUUGUUGCAUGGAACGAAACAAAAUCAAUUGACACUGGUUCAUCAAACAAGAUUGGGCGAACCAAGACCACUCGACAGAAGAAAAAGCGUGGAAAGAGAAAAUAAAACUGCGCUGAAUCCACCAAGAAGUCGAGUUUGGCCGCAAACAAAAUAGCGCAAAAUUAUUUUAU